UGUAAUUCUGUAUCCUGUAUUUGACAGACGAAUGCUAGUCUCUCUCACUAUUUAGGAUAUAAGGUUACUUAUUUUAGUACAUAUAAUGAGCUGUUGUUUUACCUAUAACAUCAUUGAAAUCCUUCAAUUAUUCCAUUAAAUUCACCCAGUUUAUAUUAAUGUACAUCCGAUUUCCGAAACAUCGCUUGAUUAUACAUUAUGACAGAUAUUUUUGAACGCUUGGAGUCGAACAAUAGGGAAGCAAUUGAGAAUGCAAAAGAAACUUUACGAGAACAAUUUAUGAAAGUUAAUGACUCUUGGCUGUUAAAUGGCCUGUAUGAUUAUUAUUUAAGUACUAAUUCUGUCAGAUCUAUGGAUAUCCUGGUAAAUAUAAGGGAACCUCAUCAUCAGUAUUUAUUUGAUCGUUUAUCUGAAUCAAUUAAGAGUUCAAAAACUGAAAUCAAAGUACAAGCAUUGACGUUAUUAGGACAUGUCGCUAGAAGUCAACCAACCUGGUUAUACAAACUUCAGGAGCAUAACUUACUUCGAGAUAUCUUACAAUUUUUAAAGAACGAAAUGGAACUCCUGCCGCUUAUAAGCGCUCUUCUUCUGCUGAUCGUUUUAUUACCAAUGAUACCGUCGGCGAUGGGCCACUAUUUAAGAGAUAUUUUUGAUAUUUUCAGUCGCCUAGCUUCUUGGAAUUGUGCUUCAGGAAAAUUUAUCGAGGAACAAAAUGUCCAUAUGCAGGUAGCCUUGUACGCGUUAUUUCUGAGGUUAUACGGAAUGUAUCCCUGCAAUUUCCUUGCAUAUUUGAGAGUGCAGUAUAAAGAAAAAAGUAAUCCAGUUUUUGUUCACACUAUUAAGCCUAUGCUGGACACUGUUAGAAUGCAUCCGUCACUAGUUACGGCUUCUCAGGAAAAUGAAAUAACAACAGAAAGGUGGAAGAAAAAAGGAGUGCACGAUGUAAUCGUUGAAUGUGAAAGGUUUAGUUUGGACAUAACCGACCGGUGUCCACACGAUUCCUGUCAGAAUACGUCUGGUUUUCGUUCGAGAUCGGGAACUACAAAUUCAAAUAUUGAACCGUCAUAUCAAUUGCAUAAUUUAAAAAAUCUAGCGGCCUGUCAAAUGCAGAUCACUGAAACGAGUUACUUUUCACCGAGCAUGGUGUUUCACGUACAAACUCCACCAAUUACCGAGACUCUUCCUACAAAUAUCCCUCAUGUGCAGAGUUGUAUUCAAGGCGUGAAUUAUCUGUCACAGGAAGGUACUUCUCCUCCUGAGGCUGCGAUAGAGGCAACUCCAGAAACAACUCCCGUUAGGGAUUUUCGAUUGUUACCGGCCAGAUCUCAACCGUUAAAUUCUAAUAUUGCGAGAGCGUUGACUUCAUUUAGCAAAAACCGACCAUCUGGUUCUCAGAACACGACACCCACUCAUUCACAACCUUCUUCGCCAAUGCGCAAAGAGAGUUCACCAUUUAGUUUUUCAUCCGAGAGUAAAUCGGCGUUUCGCAAAAUAAAACGAGAAUCAGUAUCCAACCAGAAAUUAAAUAAACUUAUAUUGGAACGGUCGCAGAUUACCGAUUGUACUGUUGGCGGUGACAUGUCUUCAAAAAACAAAAAUUUACCUAUGCCUUCUAGUCCCCUGCGCAUUAUUACUUCCGAAGCAGCUUUGAGACAGUCCACCCAUCACCAAAGAAUCGAAUCUCCUAUAAGUCAAGAAGAUGAGGAGGUUUUAUCUAUUGUUGGAAAAAAUGAGGCCAUAAAGCCUUCCGCUGCGAGGGCUUACAGUAACGUGUCGCCCGAUUUUGACGAUUGUUCAAACGAACAUUUGGACGAAGAACAGGAACACGGAUCCCCUUGUACCGCGGGUGGACUGCACAUGCCUAAUUCAAAAUCGAUGAACAGCUUCGCAAAGAGAGUCCAACGAUUACGGUAUCACAGUCAGUGCAAUCCCGAGCCCGAGCAAAUCGAAGCCUCUACCGGCAGCAGUCCGGGAAACAAUAUACCAUUUCCAAAUUGUACGACGGUUCGCCGUGCAAACUCGUGCCCGGAAAUUAAGAAAAGUCCCAAUAAUCCUUCAAAAGACAAUAUGGAUAAGCCCUUGGAUGAAACUGAUGAGGAAACUACGGGAGAAGUUAAGGUGGAGAGUGUACUGAACAAUUUGAAUGCCGUCAAUCAAACCGAUAAGUGUGAAAAGCUUAGGAAGGCCAUGUUUUGCUGUUCUACCCAGACGGAAAACUUUUGGCCGAUGCCAUACGAGCAUUUAUUUUUGGGCAUUUUCCCAUCCUUGGAGAGCGGCGAAGUCAAGCCGAGCCCUGUACCGAGUCCCGCACCUUUCAAUAUUUCUCAGGAAAGAAGCUGCCCUCCUUCCUUAUACGAUAUCCUAGACAAGUAUAUUGAAUCGGCAGUGAACUGCAGCGAAAGGAACAGCUCGCAGCUCCUUAGGGAUCAACUGCAACUCUUGCAUCAGCAACUCCUUUUCGAGAGACAUAGAAGAGAAACUCACGCCUACAGAAACAGACGGUUGCUUUCAGACGCAAAGAGUACGAGAUUAUUGGAAGAAUGUAACUCUGCCUUGCGAGAUACUGUUCAACUUCAGCAAAGAGAUAUUGAUGACUUAAGGAAGCAAAUUAAUACUUUCAAAAAGGAAAGACUUGACGAAGAGAAGAAAUUGAACAAGACCGUCCAGUAUUGGGAGAAUCAGUGCAAGACCUUGCAGCAGGAAUGCAAAAAUUUGAGGGAGAUCAACAACGUUUUUGCGAAAGAUUUGGUCGAUUUAAGAAGUAAAUGCUCCGAUUUGAACGAAGAACGCCAAAAGGCGGAGUCUGUGUUGCUAGACACGAUUGCCGAAGUAAACGUGGCGAGAGAACAGGCGUGGGUGGGAGAAAAAGGCAGACACGAAUUAGAGCAGGUCAAUAAAGAACUGCUCUUGAUCGGGGAGCUUCAGUUGAAGUACCAGGAGAAGUUGGAUAAGCUGUCCGCCAUGAAGAGGAGCGAGGAGGAAUUGGAAACGGUCAGGGAAUCUUAUAAAGAAAGCAUUAAAAGCAUGGAGCAACAAUUAGAAAUCAAGGUGGCAGGUUUGGAGGCGUACAAAGCACGAGUUCAUGAAUUGGAACAUAUAAUAAUGACAAACGAAGAUUUAAUACUGGCUCAGAAAAAGACGGUGAACGUGUUGAAUGAACAGCGGUUUGAAAAAUUUGAGGCCGUCGAAAGUAAAUAUCAGACGCAGUUGACGAUCAAUCGGGCUCUAGAAGAGAAAAUACUGGAUUUACGUCAACGAUUAGAGUCCGACAAAGGAAAGAGGUGUGUUCAUUCGCCGGACACUAGUAGCUGUCACGAGGUAAACGUGACUACAACGGCUGGUUUUAGUCCACAUUCGUCCCCCCUGUCGGCUUCCCUGGCGUCCUCGGAGGGAAGCAUGGCGUUUCACGAAAGAGAGCAGAGAGAAGUAAAGAACCUUCAGGCGAUCGUGGACCAAAAGUCAAGAUUCGAUGGCGAUGCAUUUGUUGAAAAAGAAAACGACUGAUUUUUCAUCUUAAUAUAUAUAUAUAUAUAUAUAUAUAUAUAUAUAUAUAUUCUAGGAGUAAGACGAGAAACAUAAAAAUGGCAUUAAAAGCUCAUAACCGCUUUGAUAAAAAUUACCUACUGUGUAGUUGUAAAAUUUUAUACAAAUGUUAUAAGUGACACAAAUUCAUGUAAAAGGAAUACAUUCAUUACUGUUCUCUAAGUUGUCAUCUCAAAAAGUGUUAGUUGUUGUACUCUCACGAAGGUUAGAAUGUUAUAUUAUAUAUAUAUUAUAUAAAUAUUAUGUAAAUUUAAAGCGUUACUUUAUAUAAAGACCAAAAUGUUGAGGCACUUCUAAAUUUGUGAUGGUAGACGUAACAAAGUAUUUAUUGUUAUGGCUGAUGAUUAUAUUGUUACA